AUGGGUGUAUACAAGCGAGAACCUUACCUCAAAUUGGCGAAUGGAAAACCUUUACUCCAAAUCAAAUAUCCAAUUGGGCGAAAGCUGGAAUGCACAUGCCGCAACCUCAAAUUUCCUUGCACACGACAUCAAAAUCCUCUUGGAAGAUACCAAUGCCACAUAGUUCAACGACUAAAGGUAAAACAACUGCAAGAGGAAUUAGAAAAUCGAGGAAUAAUGACAAAUGAAAAAGAAAAUCGUGCAGGAAUGAUUGAAAUUUUAGAAAAUGAAAUAGCUAAAGAAAUGCAAACCAAAAAAAUUGAAGAAAAGUCUGAUAUUUGUAAAUCAAACAGCAACGUAAGUGCAUUUCCUUUGCUAUGUGGUUGGGCACUAAAGCAUAAUCAAAAAUAUGGUAAAAAGGGUUCAGGAAAAAGAAUUGCACCUCAAGUUAUAGCUUUAUUAGAACGGUUCUUCUUGGAUGGUAAUGUUCACAAAAACAGAAGAAUGAAUGGGCAUAAUAUGCGAGAUAAACUAGUUGAAAAACAAGAAAACGGAGAAUUAGCACGAGACAUUGAAAUUCCAGAAGUAACUUCUAUUAAUAAUUGGAUAGCAAGAUUUGCCGCAAAGUCCAAAAAGGACUUAUCUGAACAAGCUAUAGCUGGUUUUUAAGUAGUUUGAGGCAAAAAUUGUCGUUUUUCGUCAUUCUUAAUAAUCAAUAAAAUACCUGGAAUCUCACAUUCCGGGAAGGC